ACAAAUUUCAUUUAUAAAACAUCAUCAAAACUGUGGAAAAUUUAUUGUGCAAUUUAAAUUCAAGUUGGUGGAAAGAUGGACAACUCCAUAACCCCAGAACCGCACUUUGUGCCCGGAUAUACCGGUCACUGCGCCGGCGAUCGCUAUCGAGUGGGUCGCACUUAUGGCCGGCAGUCGCACAACCUGCUCAUCGAUCCCUGUGUCUACCAUGCCCCUGAACUGAUUGUGGCCCCCAUUCACACCAAGGGCGGCCUCAAAGACUAUCCCACGCCGCAUGAACUCAAGGUGCUGCGUACGAGAGAGGACCUGGUGGACUCCGUGUACAGGCACCCCAUCCUGCCGGGUUAUGCUGGUUUUGUCCCAAAUAUAGUGAGACAGACCGGCAAGCGUUAUCUGGCAGCAGCAUCCGCGGGAGUUUCCGACCACGAGACCCUUAUGGAGCUUUACCGCUGCGAGAAUCGAAACUUGCGACACAGAGAUCUGCUAGAGAGCGGAAAGGGCCUAUUCGACCGGAAGAUAAACGAGCGGUUGCUGCCCAAAGCCUAUUACCGGUCACCAUUGAUCCCGGUCACCGGCGUUUCCCAAGGCCUUAAGGACGAGGUCUGUCCCCCGAAAACGGAGAAACUCACCUACAGCAAGUUCACGUCGCCCCAUUACCUGGAAGACGAGGAUAACGACAAGUACAUCAUCAACGGCUACGCAGGCCACAUUCCCAUGUCGGUGACCCGGUUUGGGGAAUCCAACCAGGUGCUCACCCACCGGGCGCUAUGCAGCUUCUCGGAUUACAUGUACAAGAAGAAGAGGGACUCGUGGUGCUGCGGCCAGGAUCUCAGCCGACCGGCUAUCUCCUGUCCGCCGGUGGGUCACUUUGUCGUCUAUCACACCACGGAUGGCAUGGUGCCCAAUUACGCUGGACAUGUUCCCGGCGAAAUGUACAAGUUUGGACGCACCUACGGCAAGACCACGUACGACGCCAAGCGCUGGCUGGAGGUGCACAAGGGUCUCACGGUACUACCGGAGGUGGCCAACUUGAAUUAUACUUACUGACAUAAUAGACUAGAUUCUGUAGUACUGAUUUUAAAUAUUCUGAGUGUAUAAUAAAUUUGCUGUAUAGAUAUUUAAAAAUAA